AGGGCCGGCCUGGAGAGUUUACCACAGUGCUUGAGGAUACCAGUGGUUUUCCGUGGCGCUACUUGAUUCUUUGAUAUCGGGUGUCAAGGAGAUUUGCUCUUUUGUAGCCCUAGACUCGUACCUUUCUGCGGGCAUUGCUUCCAUAUUGUGGCCCCCGCGGGGCCCCGGGUAGUUUGAAAGGGUUCUGAACCAUAUACGGAAAGAUGAAUCUAGAACUACUAGAAUCCUUUGGGCAGAAUUACCCAGAAGAAGCAGAUGGCACGUUGGACUGCAUUAGCAUGGCCCUUACUUGCACCUUCAACAGAUGGGGCACACUGCUUGCUGUGGGUUGCAAUGAUGGGCGUAUUGUUAUCUGGGAUUUUCUUACCAGAGGAAUUGCUAAGAUCAUCAGUGCCCAUAUCCACCCUGUGUGCUCUCUUUGCUGGAGCAGAGAUGGGCACAAGCUAGUUAGUGCCUCAACAGAUAACAUGGUUUCGUUGUGGGAUGUCUUGUCAGGAGACUGUGACCAGCGCUUCAGAUUCCCUUCCCCAAUCCUUAAAGUUCAGUUUCACCCCAGAGAUCAGAACAGAGUUCUAGUGUGCCCUAUGAAAUCUGCCCCUGUCAUGUUAACACUGUCUGACUCCAGCCAUGUGGUCCUUCCAGUGGAUGAUGAUUCUGACCUCAAUGUUGUAGCUUCCUUUGAUCGGCGAGGAGAGUACAUAUACACAGGGAAUGCAAAGGGAAAGAUCCUGGUUUUGAAGACAAACACUCAGGACUUGGUGGCAUCUUUCAGAGUAACAACCGGCACUAGCAACACUACAGCUAUAAAAUCCAUAGAAUUCGCACGAAAGGGGAGCUGUUUCCUGAUAAACACAGCAGACAGAAUAAUUAGAGUGUAUGAUGGACGAGAGAUACUGACAUGUGGGCGGGAUGGUGAGCCAGAACCCAUGCAAAAGCUCCAGGAUUUGGUAAACAGGACACCUUGGAAGAAAUGCUGCUUCUCAGGUGAUGGAGAAUACAUAGUGGCAGGCUCUGCACGACAGCAUGCAUUAUAUAUAUGGGAAAAGAGUAUUGGCAACUUGGUGAAAAUCCUACAUGGAACCCGUGGGGAGUUGCUUUUAGAUGUUGCAUGGCAUCCAGUCCGCCCAAUUAUUGCUUCUAUCUCCAGUGGUGUGGUCUCCAUCUGGGCUCAGAAUCAAGUGGAAAACUGGAGCGCAUUUGCCCCUGACUUUAAAGAACUUGAUGAGAAUGUGGAGUAUGAAGAGCGAGAGUCUGAAUUCGACAUAGAGGAUGAAGACAAGAGUGAACCUGAACAGACAGGAGGGGAUGCUGCAGAGGAUGAAGAGGUAGAUGUUACCAGUGUGGACCCCAUUGCAGCAUUUUGCAGCAGUGACGAAGAUCUUGAAGAUACCAAAGCAUUACUCUACCUACCCAUUGCCCCUGAGGUGGAGGACCCAGAGGAGAACCCCUAUGGGCCACCUCCUGAUGCUGUUCAGAUGUCACUGAGUGAAGAUGGAGUUGCAACAGACAAGAAAAGGCAAGCCUCCUCUGAUGGUGUUCAGCCUCCAAAAAAGAAGCCUAAAACCACAACAAUUGAUAUUCAAGGAGUACCUAAUGAUGAAGUUCAUCCAUUGCUAGGAGUGAAAGGGGACAGUAAAUCAAAGAAGAAACAAUCAGGCCGGCCAAAAGGAGUUAAAGGUAAAGAAAGAGACUCUCCGUUUAAACCGAAAACAUCCAAAGGGGACAGGGGCAUGCCAUUAGAAGCAGCAAUGAAAGGCAAAGCUCCAAGUGAGCUGGCCCAGGUGCUGACAGGAGGCGGUGCUGCCAUCUCUGAGCUUUUAUAAGAGUCCAAGCUUUCUCUUGCCGUCGGAAACAUACCACCAGCUUAUUAUUUGUUUUUAACCUUGUACAUUACAUGGACAGCACAUGGAACCUUGUCCUUUCUGAUCCUCCUUCAUUUAAUCAUGAUAUGGAUGGACACGUUGCCAGUCACAGCUAAUGGUAUAACUGUAUCAUUACAGUCUCUCUCCUUUACAGUGGUAACAUCUACCGCCUAUGGUUCUUAAUCGUUUUUCAGCGACAGAUGCAUAACUUGUAAUGUUUUCUCACAUGUAAUGUUUACUGUUUUGUGCGUCAAGAAGAAAUAUGGUCUUUCUAUUUUUAUACAGUUUGUUUUUGGCUUCCCUUAUUUUAUUUAAGUUGGGUCAGUUCCCUAGAAGGCUUCUCUUUGGAUUAUUAUUGCUUUUUAUCUUGAACAUCAAUGGAAACUUUGAAAGUGGAUUCAUUCUUAAAAUGAAAGACAAUAAACACUGUGAGGAAAGCUCGGGCUACAGAUACAAACUCACUGUGCCUUCAGUGCCCAUCCUACAACAGAGAUUCAUUUGAGGUGUCGCUGAGAAGGAGAAAAGGUCUUUCACUGAUAAUUAUUUUUAAAUUCAUAUUUUUUCUCAUUUUCCUGAUGUGAAGAUGAAUUUAUUCCCUUGGAUUUCAGUUCUUCCUUACUGGCAGGGGAAAUAAAACUUCCUUGUUUUGUUUA